CCUCAUCUCCCGUUUGAAAUGCGCGGUUCUGCGCUAUUCAAGCAGUCCGGAAAAGAGGUUAGGUACUUUGAUAAAUCUUGUUAACUGAGUGAGCGAGCAUACUCACUCUUACUCGCGCAAGUCUGAGCUCCUCUCCAAUCUCGCUGCAGAUUGGAGGGAAUGCUAGCAAACACUAGAACUACGUUCAAACGUUCCGACCCCCCUGAGAACCUACAAAACGUACAACUAGAGUCCAACUCAUUUGCCUAUUAUUAAAACGUUAUUUGUUCUUUUUGGCUCGUUAUGAAUUUCGCAAUCUAUUGGAGAAAAUACUAAUUUCUUUCCUGCAAAUCUUUAAACCUUUUACUGUGGGGCGUAAUUCAUUCAUUCUAAAUAUUAAAUAUCUUAAAACACACGUAGUCGCCCGCCGAUCAACGCCGACCGAAAUGCCGCCAUUUACCAGUCGAUGAGGAGUUCGUCGUACCCAAACAAACAGCGGGUUUGAGUUUUCUUUAAAGAACAUAGAACUAAGCAGGAAUCGAGCCGAAAACGUGUGUUAUGAAAGAAGUAUUAAGAACAGUAGCGCAUUACCGCUUCGACCAUGUUUAUUAAACAGGUCAUUAUACAAGGUUUCAAAUCGUACAGAGAACAGACUGUAGUUGAACCGUUUGAUCCGAAGCAUAAUGUAGUUGUUGGGAGAAAUGGAUCUGGAAAAAGCAACUUCUUCUAUGCAAUUCAGUUUGUCCUCAGUGAUGAGUUCUCUCACCUACGGCCAGAGCAGCGCCAAGCUCUUCUGCAUGAAGGAACAGGUCCAAGAGUCAUUACUGCCUAUGUGGAAAUUAUUUUUGACAAUACAGAUGGGCGGCUACCGAUCGACAAGGAGGAAGUUUAUUUGAGGAGAGUAAUCGGUGCCAAAAAAGAUCAGUACUUUUUGAACAAGAAAAUGGUGCCGAGAUCUGAUGUCAUGAAUCUCUUGGAGUCUGCAGGGUUCUCUCGCUCAAAUCCAUAUUAUAUUGUGAAGCAGGGAAAGAUCAAUCAAAUGGCAACUUCUCCAGAUUCUCACCGAUUAAAAUUACUCAGAGAAGUAGCAGGGACUAGAGUUUAUGAUGAGAGAAAAGAAGAAUCCAAAGCCAUCUUGAAAGAAACGGAAGGAAAAAUUGACAAAAUUAAAGAGUUUUUGCAUACAAUUGAAGAACGACUGAAAACUCUUGAGGAGGAAAAAGAAGAAUUAAAAGAGUAUCAGAAAUGGGAUAAAAUGAGGCGAUCACUAGAAUACUGUAUUCAUGAUAGAGAGCUGAAGGAGACCCGUAAAAAGCUUGAAGAGAUGGAGCAACAUCGUAAAAACUCUGGUGAAGAACAGAAAAAGUUUACAUCAGACUUACAGAAAGCACAAGAGGGAGCUCGUCUAGCCAAUCGAAAAUUAAAAGAAGUCAAGAAAGAAGUCCAGGCUACUAAAGAAGAAAGGGACACUCUCAGUGCUGAACAUCAGUUACUUCUUAAGGAACAAGCCAAGUUAAAUUUGACUAUUUCUGACCUCAAGGAGGAAGUGAGCGGUAACAAAGAUUCAAGGGAUCGUGCUGAGAAAGAGUUGGAGAAAUUGAAGAAAACAAUUGAACAGAAGGAACUUGAGCUAGAAAGAUUAAAACCUCAAUAUGAGGAGGAGAAGAAAAAGGAGGAAGAGUUCACAAGAGAUUUGGCACUUAAGGAGCAGAAAAGGAAAGAGUUAUAUGCCAAGCAAGGCAGAGGGAGUCAGUUCACAUCAAAGGAAGAGCGAGACUUGUGGAUUCAAAAAGAACUAAAGUCUCUGUCGAAACAAAUCAAAGAUAAAAUGGACCAUGAGAAAAAAUUAACUGAUGAUCUCAAUAAAGAUACAGAAAAACAUGCACUUCUCAACAAAAAGAUUGAAGAUCAGACAAAACAAAUGGAUCAAUUAAGAAUGAGUAUUGAUGAUUAUAAUAAGAAAUAUUAUGAGGACAAGAAGAAUAAAGACCAACACCAAAGCAAAAGGAAUGAAUUAUGGAAAAAAGAAAAUCAAAUCCAACAAAAUCAGUCCUCCUUAAAAGAAGAUCUGGCCAAAGCUGACCAGCAGUUGCGAUCAAUGGCAGGCAAACCUAUCCUGAACGGUCGUGAUAGUGUUCGCAAAGUGCUUGACACAUUUAAACAAAAAGGAGGUCCAUUUGCUGAAGUUGCUGACUCUUACUAUGGCCCAGUUAUUGAGAAUUUUGAUUGUGAAAAAAGUAUCUAUACUGCUGUUGAGGUAACCGCCGGUAACAGAUUGUUCCAUCAUAUUGUAGAUUCAGACAAAGUAGGAACCCAAAUUCUGAAGGAAAUGAACAAGCAAAAGCUUCCUGGAGAAGUAACAUUCAUGCCACUGAAUCGUUUGCAUGUUAAAGAGCAGAAUUAUCCCAAGACCCAAGAUGCAAUUCCAAUGGUCUCCAAACUGAAUUAUAAGCCAGAUUAUGACAAAGCGCUUCGAUAUGUGUUUGGGAAAACAUUGAUCUGCAGAAACUUAGAGGUUGCCACCAACCUGGCUAAAACGACUGGGCUUGAUUGUGUGACUCUUGAGGGAGAUCAGGUUUCUUCUAAAGGUUCCCUAACUGGAGGAUAUUUUAAUACUUCAAGAUCCCGUCUUGAGAUUCAGAAAACUCGUAGUGAACUUAUGGUUCAAAUUAGUGAACAGGACAAAGAGUGUGUAUCUGUUCGGGAAGAUCUUCGCUCUGCCGAAGCUGAAAUCAACAAAAUAGUUUCAGACAUGCAGCGUACUGAGACUAAGAACAGUAAAGCUAAGGAUACAUAUGAUCAAAUCAAAGCUGAAAUACGACUUAUGAGGGAGGAGAUGGGCAGUAUUGAAAGAUACAGGACUUCUAAGGAAAGAUCGCUAGCGCAAUGCAAAUCAAACUUGGAGGCUAUGCAAACUACUAGAGAAGGCCUGCAGUCUGAAUUAAAUCAAGACUUGAUGGCUCAGUUGUCUGUGCAUGAUCAACGACAAGUAGAUACCCUGAACGAUGAAAUUCGGCGUCUCACUCAACUGAACAAAGAAGCCUUCAGUAAACGUAUGAAACUAGAAGCUGAGAAAAAUAAGCUUGAUAAUCUUCUCACCAACAACCUAAUUAGGAGGAGAGAUGAGCUUGUACAGGCACUCCAAGAAAUUUCUGUGGAAGACAGGAAACGACAUCUAGAUCAAAACAGUGCUGACCUUAGUUCAAUUACCAAAAAAAUUGAAGAUGUAAUGGAAGCUCACAAAGAAAUGGAGAAAAAAGUUCAAGCAGCUACUAAAAAGGAAAGAGCAGAGAAAGUUGAACUCGAAAAAUGGAGGAUGAAAGAAAAAGAGAUGCAAGAGAAGAUGGAAGAAGAUGCUAAAGACCUUGAGAAAAUGACUUCACGUCACAAUUCCUUAAUGCAGAAAGUUGAGGAAUGCACAAAGAAAAUAUCAGACUUGGGUAGCUUGCCACAGCCUGAAAUGAUCAAUAAGUACAUGAAUCUUAGUCAGAAGGCAUUGUUUAAAGAAAUGGAGAAAGCUAACACCCAUCUUAAGAAAUACAGCCAUGUCAAUAAGAAAGCUCUUGACCAGUUUAUGAGUUUUUCUGACCAAAAAGAAAAGUUGGUGAGACGGAAGGAAGAACUUGACCGAGGUGAUGAAAAGAUUAAGGAGUUAAUGAAUGUGCUCGAGCAAAGGAAAUUCGAAGCCAUACAGUUCACAUUUAAACAAGUCACAAAAUACUUCAGUGAUGUCUUCAAGAAACUUGUGCCAGAAGGUGAAGCUAAAUUAAUCAUGAUGACUGCAAAUGGUGAAGAGGGUGGAAACCCUCGCAUUGAAACUGAUUCAGAUCAAUUUACUGGUGUCUCCAUCAGAGUCUCAUUUGUGGGUAAAAAUCAUGGUGAAAUGAGAGAGAUGAACCAACUUUCUGGAGGUCAAAAAUCACUUGUUGCUUUGGCACUUAUUUUUGCAAUUCAGAAGUGUGAUCCUGCUCCUUUUUAUCUCUUUGAUGAGAUUGAUCAGGCAUUGGAUGCUCAACAUCGUAAAGCAGUUGCUGAUAUGAUCCAUGCGAUGGCUGGUCAAGCUCAGUUUAUUACAACUACUUUCAGACCGGAACUGUUGGAACAUGCUAAUAAAUUUUAUGGUGUUAAAUUUAGGAAUAAGGUUUCACAUGUUGAAUGUGUAACUAGAGAAGAGGCAUAUGACUUUGUGGAGGAUGACCAAACCCAUGGCUAGUGUACCUUGGGCAACACGUGUCUGUAGUAGUUCAAUGAUUUUUUUAGUUAUGAAUUUGACCUAUGUAUGUAUAUAAGAGAACAUCAGUUUUUUUUAGGUACAGUGUAUCACCAUCUAAAGAACAAUCAUCACAUUUUCAUCUUUUUUACUCAAUUUAUGUUGGGAUAUACCAUUGUAAAUACAUUUUAUUUUUGUGAAUAGUUAAGGCAAUUAUUCAAUUAUUUUAAUUCGUUCAAUUAUAAUUUGUCGGAUUUUCAAAAUUUUAAGAUUUUAUUGUUUACCUAGUUUUUAUUCAAGUAUUACGUCUGUCAAUCAACUUGACUGCUAGUGCAAUUUAUUUUUAGUUCUGUUCCAUAAUUUGUCUGUUGUAAAUAAUAUUCACCCUCAGAGUGAUUUAUACAUAUUGGUCUGUUUGAAAUUUUAGUUUUAAUACCAGGCCUCUUAUGUGUGCUUAUUUCUCAUAUGCAAUACUGAGAUCAACAUGCAGUCAAAAAUUGAAGAACAUCAGAUGCUUGUCUUUUUCUUUUUUCCUUUUUCUUACUUAAAAGAUUGUAAAAGAAAAUAAACGGUGUCUCAUAUGUUAGAUACAGAAA